AUGGCUCAACGAAAUAGGUUACCACAGUUUGAUUUAUUUGACUAUGAACGUCCUACUACUGUGUCGCGAUUUGAUUCAAUCCGUCAGCCGUUGGUUCAUGAGUUUACCGCUAAAAAUUAUAAUGACUUUUCUAGUUUAACAACAAAGGAACUUUCUCAAUUUAUUGGUCAAUUUCAAAAGUUCCAAGAAGAAGCUUUAGGUCGUCAUGCUCCACGAUCUAAUACUCCUCACCCCACAAAGAUUCCAGCAAAAUUGUUUAAAUUAGAUCCCGCUCCUACGACAAAAUCUCCUGUUUUUCAUAUUCUUCGUGCUGCUUAUGAAUUUCGUGCAUCAAAAAAAUGGAGAAGGUGGGACUGGAAUAAUUCAAAAGAGAUGGUUGAAAUGGUAUCAUAUGUAAGAGAUUAUUUGGUUAAUGAAGGGAUCAUUAAGAAUCCUAUAGUUAAAUUGGGAGAGUCGGUUGAGAGAAUAAGGAGACAGGAAUUGAUUGAACAAGUUCAUUUGUUGGGAGGACGAAUAACUCGUGAUAAUGAAAGUGCAACACAUGUUAUUCAUUAUACAAAUGAUAAUGAUGAUACAGAUGAAGAAUGGUUUAGAACUCUGGAAAAAAAAUCUGGAAGAGUACUUGUACAUUGGUGGUAUUAUCCAGAUUCUUAUGACAUGUGGUUGGAAGAAACCGCGGAACACGCGGAUCCAGAGCCCAUGCCUGUUCAUAAAGGACCAUGGAAUGUGAGUGAACGUUGGCUUACGGAUAGUGUUGUGUUUAAUGAAUGGAUGAAUGAAGAAGACUAUGAAAUUUCGGAUACGUCAGAAUUUAGGAGAUUAACUGCUGGUGAUGAUCAAUCCGGUAUUUCUGAGUCUGAAACUUCACCGAUUCAUAAACGUAACUUGGAUUCAAUGGAUUCUCCUUUGCAAAUGGAUAUUGACGCAAGACCAACUGUUGGUGCCAAACGUGCAAGAAUAAGAUCUCCUGAACGCGACCCUAUACCCGAACAUCCGAGUGUAUCUCUUGUUGAUGUAGAAAUAGAAGCAAAUCGCGUUGGAGGUGUUCGUUCAAAGAAGAAUGAACUUGAUCCUAUCGCAGGUGGUGAAAUUGCUAACAUUUCUCAAUCAAUUCCCGUUGACAUUCGUACUGAAACCCCCCAUGAAGAUUUUGUCGAGGAAGAUUCUGAAGCUAUAGAAGAUAAUACUGAAAUGGAUAAUAUAACUUCAGAUUUAAAUGAUAUACGUAUACCUAAUGAUAACAUCAAUAUGGAUGUUGAUAUGUUAGAACAGGGACAAACUGAACCAAUUGGUGAUAAUAAUUCUCCUAAACGUAAUGCAGAUUCUCCUAUUCCUGUUGUAAAAGAAGUUGACGAGGACGAACCUAUGGGAACCCCAGAAGAAUCUAAACAGCCGGACGAUAAUAUUAAUGACACUUUACCUGAAACCGUUAUUCCUGAUGCAACUGCUACAAAUUCUGAAGAAGAGAAGAAGCGGCUUGAAGAAGAAGCUCGAAAAUAUUUAUCCCAACAAACUCAAGAAAUUAUUAUUCCUUCUUAUGCUGCAUGGUUUGAUAUGGCAAAGGUUCAUAGUAUAGAACAAAAGUCUUUGCCCGAAUUCUUUAAUAAUAGGAAUAAAUCUAAAACUCCAAGUAUUUACAAGGAGUAUAGAGACUUCAUAAUUAAUACAUACCGUUUAAAUCCCGGCGAAUAUUUAACAGUUACAGCAUGUCGAAGAAAUUUGGCUGGAGAUGUCUGUGCUAUUAUUCGAAUUCAUGCUUUCUUGGAACAGUGGGGUUUAAUUAACUAUCAAGUUGAUCCAGACACUCGUCCCUCAUCUGUUGGACCACCGUUUACUGGACAUUUCCGUGUUUCAGCAGAUACUCCAAGAGGUCUUCAACCUUUUCACCCAUCCACAAUGUCUUUAUCGACAUCAAAUUCUUCUAAUACUGCUGCUACCAUUACCGCUGGCCCUUCUGACGUUACUGUUAAUGCUAAUGUUAAAAUGGAAAGACCAAUUAAUAUUCGACAGAAUGUUUAUCAAUCAGCAGUGGCUACUGAUGCAGGUUCGCAGGUUUCUCAAGAUGACAAUGCAAGUGCUGGAAUAGAUGGUGGGGCAACUGAACCACGUCAAUACAAUUGUUGUUCUUGCGGAGUUGACUGUACUCGUGUUCGUUAUCAUAGCUUGAAAACCCAAAACUUUGAAUUAUGUUCGAAUUGUUAUCUUGAAGGUAGAUAUCCUACUACAAUGUAUAGCGGUGACUUCUUGAAAAUGGACGAUACACCUUUCAAGCAUGCUCAAGACGAUGAUUGGUCAGAACAAGAAACAUUGGCACUCCUUGAGGGUGUUGAAUUGUACGAAGAUGACUGGCAUAAGAUUUCUGAACAUGUCGGCACACGUACUAGAGAACAAUGUAUUUUACACUUCUUAGAAUUUCCGAUUGAAGAUCCUCUUAAUAAUACCACUAUAUCCGAUUUGGGUCCAUUACAAUAUCAACGUAUACCAUUUAGUCAAGCCGAUAAUCCUAUUAUGUCAGUGGUAGCAUUUUUGGCCUCCGUAGUUAAUCCGGGUGUAGCGGCAGCAGCUGCUAAAUCUGCAUUAAAAGAAUUAUCAUCUCCCAAAAUUUCCGAUAAAUCUAAAGAAAUUAACGGAAUUAAGGACACAAUAACAGGUGAACCUGCAGAAACUUCUGAUAAUACUCCAAUUAUUGAAAUUAAGCAUGAGGAUGCUAUGGAUACAGAGGAAGUAUCAAGUGAUUCGAAUUUAGAAGCAUCUUCUAAUACAGCAACGCCUUCUGAUGCAACUGUUGGACGACCAAAAUUAUUAGAAAGGGCCGGAGCUACGGCAAUGGGCGCCGCAGCUGCUAAAGCUAAAGUGCUUGCAGAUUAUGAGGAACGAGAAAUACAGCGUCUUGUUAAUGCUGUUAUCGAAAAUCAAUUAAAAAAGCUUGAACUUAAGCUGCAACAAUUCGAAGAACUAGAAGUUGUACUUGAAAAUGAGAAAAGGGAUUUAGAAAAGCAACGUCAAUUGUUGUUCAAUGAGAGAUUAUCACUCAAAAAGAAUAGUUUGACAAUGCAAGAACAGUUAAGAAAUUCUCAAGCCGGUGGAUCAAAACAACCAUUAAGUACUAGUGGUUUUUAUAAUUCAA